AUGGUUAUUGACGAGGAUGAUGUACAAUGCAUACUAAACAUCCCUAGAGGAGAGAUCGACGUAACUGAGUCCAUUGGUAAAAAUAGUGACGGACCUGAGUACCUCGCCAUACUUAGGGCUUGGAGGAUGAGAUGGGUAGGGAGUGAAACCAGCGGUGCUCCCAUCAUUUCCUCUAUGCCAGAGGUAAUUCUAGCAAACACAACUGCCGAUGACGACUUCAAACGUGACUUCGUUGUGUACGCCGUCUCCAGCUUCUUGUGGGCCACUGAAAGUCCAACUUGCAGUAUAAUUCUGAAGAGAAAUUUUCAUCGUUUUGAUAAAUUCAAUCCCAAGUACAAUUCUUGUGGUCAAAGCAGACUUAGAGAGAUCUUCUUUAAACAAGACAAUCUUAUCCAAUUGUUAGAUGAAGAUGAUGAUGAGGAAGAUGAAGAUGAAGAAUUUGUGCCCACACUCAUUCCUGAUGUUGCUAAGGUAGAGGCUGCAAAACCCAUUGCAACCAAGGCUAAAACUGCUGCCAAGCAAAAGGUGAGCAUUGUUGAGCCAAAAAAUGAUAGCUCUGAUGAAUCUGAAGAUGAUUCUGAUGAGGAUAUGGAGGGGGAUUCUGAUGACUCGGAUGAUGAUAAAGAUGACUUUGAUGAUGAAGAGGAAACCACAACUCCCAAGAAGUCUAUUAAUGAUAAGAAUAGAGCCAAUGAUUCAGCUUCAAAGACUCCUGUUCAAGCCAAGAAGGCUAAGGCUGAUACCACCCCUCAAAAGAAAGAUGGCAAAAAGGUAGCUCAUGUAGCUACUCCUCAUCCUGUAAAGAAAGGGACAACAAAGCCCAAAAUCUGUAAAGGCGGUAGAGAUUAAAAAGAAGCUGACCAAGAAGCAUUUCAUACAUCAUGUCUUUGGGCCCCAACAUUAAUAAAGACAAGGUAAUUAGACUGACAGAAGUGCAAGCUCGGAGCUUGUGAAUGGGAACUUCACUAUUUCACAACUAUGGCAGAAUCCUUUACCCAAACUGCUAUUCACGCGCUCAAAAAUUUCCGAAUGGUCUCUCUCUCUUUUUCAUUCUUAUCAUCACAUCCACGAAUUAAUGACAAGAAGUUACUGCAUUCUGGGUAUUCUGGGUCUUACUGAAAAAAAUGUGAAGUAUAUUCAAGAAAUUGUUACAAAAGUUCUUUAACUUAUGAAAUGCUGCAGUUGUAUUUAUUAUUUUAUUUCAUUCUCUCUCUUACUACACAUU